CUCUCAACAUGGCUGAUAAAAUCAAGACCUCGCCGGUCCCAAUCCCCGAGGGAACUCUGCGGGAGCUUUCUCGAGACCUAGCUGGCGUCAUUCCGGAUUUUUCAACAACAGAGCCCGCUCUUGGUGUCAAAGGCCUACAUGCUGUUCUCGAGCCAUUAUUUGCGACGGCGGACUCACCUGAUCUUUCUCAAUCUUAUCGCGCGGCGGCGUACAACAUACUCUGUGCCAUCAUCGAUAGAUGCCAGUCUUCCACCACACAGUAUGCACGUGAUGCACUCCUGGACGACACCAUCUGGAACCGCCUCUUCAACAUCUACCUCACACGCUCCGACAAUGCCAAAAGCAAAUCUAUCCGACAGGUAUUGCUCACCUUGACCAACGUCUUACUUAAGAAUCCAGGCGAGCAAUCAUCCCUGUUACAGACCAGAGCAGUCGAGGUAUUCCUCGAUAUCAUAUGCGAGCGUCAAGACCGUGUGAGGGUAAAGCCUGCGCUGCAGGGAUUAUCCCACUUCCUCCAAAAAAGUGUCGUCACUCCAUCCCAGCUUGUCGAGAGCUAUGCGGACUUGCUCAAACGGUCACCUCUCAAAGCCUCUAACGCGCAGACUGCAAGUUUCCAAUCGUUGUUCAAAACAUUCCUGGCAUGGAUUGUUCAUCACGACACAUCCCUAUCUGCUGGACACGUCAUAAGGAACUUCCUAGCACAGUAUCGUCAAUCUCUACAAACCGUCAAUCCGGAUGCCGAGGAAAAGUCUAUCGCUUUUUGGAUCGAGCCAGUCGUGGAAACGUUACGCGUUUGGUCCGAUCGUAAACAAGAGUUCAAGACUCACGUUUUUCCGUAUUGCUUUCAACCGCAUAUGAAGGAAUAUCUUCAGUUCCUUAAUUAUCUGCAAUUUGAUCGCUAUGUCGCUUCUACGAGUAGCUUGCCGUCCCAGCUCAAGUCUCUGAGUUUGGUAGAGAAUUCCCAGGCGAAUGGCAGCCCUGAAGAAUUUCGAUUACUUCUUGCUGCUAUUGAAACUGGUAAAGAGCUGGGUAUUGUCAAGGAUGUCGACUAUCGACUUAGUAACUCGAUUGAGGUACACCAAAAUACCAUCAGUAUACCCGACAGUAUCUUCGGGGGCUGGCUGUCCCACCCAGAGCCGGAAGUCAGACUCGCCGGAUUGUACUUGUGCGUUGUCUCUUCGGCAGCCACUCGUCCCGUCACUGGUGGCGUUUUCAGUGCACUCAAAAAGAACAUCAUUCAUCUCCACGCUGAUUCGGAUGCGAACUUCCGUCGAGAGCUUCUCAGCUAUGUGCAGAAGCUGUUUGAUCGCCUGCGAGGAAGUACCGCGACACUUGCGAGACAAGCUGCCAAAACAAAGACUUCUGGCAGCGAGCGAUUGCCGUUUCCGAAAGAGGCCACCGAGGCUUCAAGUUCAAGCCAUGCCUCCCAAUCACAAGACCCAUUGCUGGACUCGCUGCGAUUCAUCACAUGGUAUCUUCGAGUCUUAGAGUGGGACCUGCGGUUGGAAGCUUCCUAUCAGCGGCGCAUAACAGCAGUAAGGGCACUCAUCGUCGUGCUCAAAUCCGGCAUCGAUCCUCGCGUGCCUCGCCAUUUACUUUCUAAGGGAGCACAGAGCCAAUUGAGCUGGGUGCACGGUUUGUCAAUCCCCAAUCCGACGCUAUUCAGAUCACUCUUAGAUUUGAUGCUUGAUCCCUUUGAUGAUAUCAGAGACGCUUCAGUAUCAGCGCUACAGCUAUGCUUGGAAGCAUCCCCGGAUGCCGAAAGAAAAGCAGCACUCGCCAAGCUACCAGGUUUCAUCAAUCGCGCAGAAGCGAUGAUGUUGCGGACUGGUCGCGCUGAUCAAGCAGAUGGUGUUGCGAGGGCUUACUCCUUGUAUUUCUCAAGUAGUUCCCAGAUCACUGGCAAUGACAGCGGCCUCCAAUCUGGCCUAACUACGAAAUUCGCGAUUCUGACCCACCUCAAUAAGCAACUGAAAGAAACUUUGGCAAUCGCCACUGAGAAUCUUUCGGAAGCUGUCAACGGCCGUCCGGUUCAUGGGACAUUUGCAGCGAUAAGUUAUAUUCUUGAUCAAGAAAAUUUCUACAGUGAUGUUGAUACCUUAUCGACGGAGGAAUUUGGUACAUGGCGGGAUAUUCAUGAUCAAGUUCUCAAAGGCGUAGAGUCUCUGUGGUCCUGCGUUUGGAAUAUAUUAUGUGCGGACGCCCCUGAAGGUCAUGUUCCAGAAGACCUAGAAGAGGAAGUAAGCCUGGACACAAAAGAGAUUCUCAGCUAUUCAUGGAGAGGCUUGAAAGAAGCUAGUGUUUUUCUGCGCGUGCUCAUCACGAAAUGUCCCAUCAGAAAGGAUCAGCGUGCACUUCUUGACAUAGAAAAGGUUGAGAAGUAUGGCAAUCUUUGUUUUAACCAACUAGUCGAGCUUCGUCAUCGUGGCGCGUUCUCGACGGUUGCGCAGACUUUCUCGGCGUUUUGCCGUCGCUGCGCUUCUUCUGAGGAGCCCGCGCUCCGUGCACUGCCAGAAAAGUGGUACAUGGAGACGCUUGCCACUAUCCAAGCAAAAGCAGAUACGAUUACCAGAAGAUCCGGAGGUCUGCCUGCUCUUAUGACGGGCAUUGUAGCAGCAGAGCCACAACCUGGAGGAAAACUGUUUUCCCGAGCAAUGCAGGAUCUAGUCAAGGAAGCUUCUCAAGACGCAGAGAGCUCAAAUAUUGAAGAAAGUCGACUUCCCCAAGUGCAUGCGCUGAACUGUAUCAAGGACUUCUUCAUGUCUUCGCGGCUGAGUGUUGCAUCUGAAGCGUACCUAGGAGAAGGCGUAGAGCUCGCUGCAAGAACCUUGAAUUCCAAAAUAUGGCCCAUCCGAAAUUGCAGUCUCAUGCUCUUCAAAGCCUUGAUUGAGCGUCUGCUCGGUAGCGAUGAAGCACAGGACUGGAAAGAGCGCGAAGGUGUGCGGUCAUCACGAUUCUCCUUCGACAGCUACCCGACCCUGAUCGGCAUCAUACAAAAUCUUCUUGAUCCCGAAGGUCCAUUGAAAGAAUCGUUAAAUACCCCUGACAGUAACUCGCCCAUGGAUCUGCACGGAGCGGAGGGAGUAUUCCCGGCGCUGCAGAUAUUGAGACAAGCAGCUCCUCCCGAGGAGAAUCGACCAGCCAUUCUGCAAUCAGUCACAAAGCUACUGGGCAGUCCGCAUUGGCAUAUGCGGGAUAUGGCUGCUAGAACGGUGACUACCCUGCACCAUCCGCAUGAGUAUCAACAGGCUAUCAAGACAUUGCUAGAAUGCUACGAUCAGCCGACCAAUACGCAGCAUGGAUCGUUGCUUGGUGCCAAGUAUAUGCUCAGAAGAUUGUUGCAAAGCCGAGUAGAACACCAGGUCCUUACGGCAACUAUAGGCAGCCUUGAUGAUGUAGCGGAGAAGCACAUGUCACGCAGAUGCCCACCAAAUAGGAGCGCGUUCCUAGAGCUCGUCGGCUCGUGCGGAGUAGCGAUGCUCAAUAUGCCCGUCAAUGUGGCUACGAGCGCGGCAUGGGCACAAUUGACACAUAAAAUCUCAAUUGGAUCAGAGUAUGAGCUUGGAGCUCAUUACGAAGCCAACAGUGCUCUUUUUGGGCAAUCUGUAGCGCGGGUGUUCUUCAUAGACCGGGUGCACUUCCAGUGUCACGAGCCGAAUGUUCCCUUGACCCAGGAUAUUGGAGAUGCUCUUGUAUUCCUCGCCAAAGACGAUGUCGACACUUGCUUAGUAUCUUUAGAUACGCUGGAUGAACUCGUUCAGUUAAAAUCACCCUGUGCGCCAGUCUGGCCACCACCUCAUCUUGUCCAAGGCUUAUUCCGACUCAUCCUCGAAACCAAACACAUCGAAGUCCUAUCCAAAGCGCAAGAAGUUCUAGCAGAUGCACUUCAACACUCCAACAACCUAACCUUCACAGAAGAAAAUGUCACACCAACGCUCUCAACCCUCGAAUCCCACUGCCUCAACAGCGCCCCAUCAAACAAACGAAGCGCACUCCGUCUCCUGGCCCACUUCGUUGAUCAAACACACUACCUCUAUCCCCAGCACCACCAAACCCUCUAUCCAUACAUCGCCCGCUACAUUCGCCUGCUCCGCCGCACAAUUAUCGACACAAACCCCUUUGACGACCGCUUCGCAGCCGUCCAAUCCAUAGCCUCGCUCCACCAUCUCUGGACCAUGCCACGCACUACUAACCCCACUAGCUCCCUCACACUCGGUCUCGCAUUCGUCCUCUACGACCUCCUCAACGACGACGACGAGGAGAUCAGAGACGCGGCUUCGACAGCUACCCUCCGCCUCAUCCACUCCUCCACCUCCACCCCUCUAGAACAACGUCAAGUCCCGAUCCUAACAUCGCACUAUCUCGCCUCUUUUCUAGUCAAGACGUUCCCCAUGCACCCGUUCCUGCAUAAAGAAGUCAUCCGUCGCCUCACGCUCUCCGAAUCCACUACUUCACUCACUCCAUUCUCAAAAACCCUGCAAUCUUCUCUCAACGACCCUGCAUCAUCAUCAUCUCCUCCUACCACCAACGACAGCAAUACAAGUGGAGCAGCACAGAGCGCAAACCUCCUCUUCGCGACCGAAAAGCAGAACCUAUACCACGAUGCCACGCUAGAUGCGCAACUCUGGUCUCGCGUGCUCUCGUCGAUUCCUCCAUCUUCCAUCUCUCCUCCUUUACGCGAAGAUCUAGCUCUAUGGACACACGACGCUCUACUCGCUCUUCUCACUGCCGCGCGGGAACAAGGAGAUGGCGGGCAGGCCUUGGGGUGGUGCUCCAAGAGUAACGGUGAUGUAUGUAGUCUCGGGCUCCGCGGGAUUUUCGUCGCGGGUGUUGUUGUGGGGUGGAGAGGCGGUUUAGCUGGUGGGAAGGCAGGGGAAGAGGUUAGGGUGUUGUUGGGGAAGUUGGCUGGGGCGGGUGCGCAGGGCGGUGCUGAAAUCGCCCCCAUCCACCUCCUGUGGACUCACAAAGCUACCUCCCUACUCCAAGAACACAUCUUGACCCUGUUGCGGGGCGUUAGUGGUGUUGCUGAUGAGCUUGGGUUUGGGCUUUGA